AUGGACUCGUUAGCUUGCGACUUGCAGCUUCUGCAGCGUAUCGUGCACAGGAACACGAAUCAACACCGUUUGUCUGUAUGGUGGAGACAUUUACGGAUGCUCCAGCGUCGGUUGACGCAAGCAUUGCAAGGAAACGAGGAUUCUGCACGUAAAUUACUCGCUCAAUGUCCCAAGUCUUAUUACUAUUUUUCCAAUCUAAUUGCACAUGGCCAAUUCCCAGCACUAGGGAUGGUGUUUGUAGGAAUUUUAUCUCGAGUUUGGGUUGUUUUUUCACGGGAAUUAGGCGUUGAAGUUAAAGGAUCCGAAUUGACGGAUGAUAAGGGCGACUUAAUGCAGGUCGACAACACAGAGAAUAACGAAGAUACAGGAGUCAAAAUUAGUCGGAAAGACUUGACUAAGUCGGUACAUGUUGCCGCGAAUUCGUCAAUCCCCUCGAAACCCUCUUCUAGGGUAUCUUCGCCUUUACAAAAAACUGACGACAGCUUACCCGUCGGCUUAAAAACGAAAAAAAAGAAAACCCGGACCGAGAAAAAGCCUGUGAAAAAACGUAAAAAGACAAAACACAAAGACGAGAUUGACGAUAUAUUUGGCUUUUAG